AUGUCGUCCCGGCCACCUCUCUCCCGCUUCGUUUCGUCUACUCUUUAUAUACUGGACAACCAACUCCCCGAGAUCGCCUCGGCGCGAUCCACCUCCAAGAACUCGCCCAAGAGGACGCAGUCAGUCGAGUCAACAGAUUCGUCCCUGCGCUCCAAGCGCAGUUUUACCAGCCUUGUCCCACCCAAGAAAAACACCGCGAGGUCGCCCUCCCCCGUUGGUCGUCUGAAGGGUGUUUUCACAAAGUCCAAAAAGACCCCCAGUGCCGCCACGAGCCCUGAGCGGAGUGUGGGCGGUGACGACACUACCGACGACGGACGAGACACGCGCAGGACUAGAGACCGAGGCAGAGCUUCUGCGUCUGCUUCCACCUCUGACCUCACUUCCACCUCGACCCCAAUCACAAAGCAGCCGUCUUUAGACAACCCGCCUACGCCACAACCGAAUGCAACAAACGAUGUCGGUGCAUCCCGCGUAAAUCCAUCAACUCACUCCCCUGAGCGACGUCGCUCAAGAGCUUCAACAACCACCUCCCGAAUCGACACCUCCUUCGUACCCCAAACCCCGCCCAACCCCGACAAGUCCACACCGGUUAUCGUCAAUACACCCCCGACACCGACCGACCACAACGCACCCUUUUCCCAAUCUCCGCCGGGGCCACCUCUGCAACCUACCGUCGAGGCUCCCACUGCCUCGGGCAACACGAAUGGUGGUUCUGCCACGGGUAACAUGAUUGCUCAUCGCAGGGGUAGAUCAGGAUCUGGCAGUAUAGGGCCUAGCAAGCUUUCUAACAUCACCCUCGCACCCCUGACCCCCACCCCGGAGAACGGCACCGCGAGCAACCCAGGCACUCCAUCUGGCGGCGGCUUCUUUUCCUCUGUCUUUUCGGCUGCCCAAAACGCCGCGACCUCGCUCACGAGCACCAUCCAGAACACCAGCAUUGGGCCGCCUCCUUCCAAGAACAAAAACUUUACAAAACCCCCGGACAUUAGGAUCGACGAGCAACCCAACGUCGAGCCCCCACCUCCAUCCGCGACAGGCUCGACCAUGGAGAAGGAACCUGCCGUCAAGACCAUCGGGUCCGGCGAGCUCAGCCUCAGCCAGCUGGGAAUAACAGAUACAGGUAGCAUCUCUGGGACUCCCACCACCGCCAAGUUCCCCGAGUCGGCCGAGGCGCGGCUUAGAAGUGAGUCGGCCCCGACUGAUGCUGCGUACGCGGCUGCCACUCGCGAUCUUGGGGUAGACGACGGUAGACAGGCCACAAGACCACAAUCGCUAUACGAGCCGGGAAGCGGAGGAGAUCAUACGCCCCCUCAAGGCAGCAUCCACGAAGAUAGGAUCUCUGGCGUGCAGCGCAGCGGAAGCAUUCGCAGCGCUAUCGGACGCCAUCGUAAGCGAGGAAGUUCAGCUGUGUCGGGAGGUACGGCUACUACUAUUGGCGCUGCCAUUGCUGCGGCUAACGCAUCAGUCGCUCACCCUCAAGCAAACGCGAGCGUACCGAAACUUACUGGCUUUGCGGUUGCGAGCAAGAAGCGCAACCGUGAUUUCCACACAUUGUUCAAGAGCGUGCCCGACGACGAUUACCUCAUCGAGGACUACAGCUGUGCGUUGCAGCGCGAGAUUCUGGCGCACGGCCGUCUGUACGUAUCCGAAGGCCAUCUGUGCUUCAGCAGCAACAUUCUCGGUUGGUCGACUACACUUGUUAUGAGCUUUGACGAGAUAGUGAGCGUCGAAAAGCGAAGUACGGCCCUAGUCUUCAAGAAUGGACUCAUGAUCUCGACUCUGCAUGCCAAGCACAUCUUUGCCAGUUUUACGAGCCGAGACUCGACCUAUGACCUGAUCGUCAACAUCUGGAAACUUGGACACCCCACUCUACGAAGCUCGCUGAACGGAGUGCAGCUUGAGGUCUCUGGUGCGGGAGCCAACGGCGCCGUGGCCGACGUUGUUAAGGACGCUGUCGGUGUUCCCUCUGGCGGCGAUGACUUUCCCGGCCCGGCGACCCACGCUCCGACAGACUGUGGUGAUUCGGACACGCACUACGAAAGAAUUGUGGGAGACGAUGUCGUCCCAGCGCCUCUAGGCAAGGUUUACAACCUACUCUUUGGUCCCGCCUCGGUCACUUGGAUGACGAAAUGGUUGACCGUCGAGGCCAAAUGCACAGAGUUGCAAAUGGAAGACAAAAAGGGACUGACCCUCGAGAAUAAGUCGCGCUAUUUCACUUACAUCAAGCCUCUUAACGGUGCUAUCGGCCCCAAGCAGACAAAGUGUCUCGUGACAGAGACCCUGGACCAUCUCGACUUCGAAAAGGCCAUCAACUUCAGUGUUACCACUCAGACCCCCGACGUGCCAAGUGGCAAUAUCUUCAGUGUCAAGACGAAAUACUGUCUGACGUGGGCGGAAAACAACUCGACUAGAGUACAGUCCAACUGUACCAUAGAGUGGACGGGCAAGAGUUGGCUGAAAGGUCCUAUCGAAAAAGGUGCAAACGACGGUCAGACCCAGUACUGCAAAGAUCUUUUUGCCAGUCUCAAGUUGGCCGUUUCAUCGAAAGCCCGCACUAGUGGAAAUGGUGCAGGUCCUGGCACAAAGGGCAAAAAGAAGAGCAAGAAGAGCAAGGCAGCGGGCUCAUCGACAGACGCUGAAGACGAGCAAGUCCGGCCUAGAAACAUUCCCAAGAAGGACUGGGGUCCAUUGGAGCCCGUUCGGGGUAUUCUGGAGCCAAUUCUUGACAUCGCCAAGCCGCUCAUGACAGGCAACAUGAUGUACGGCCUCUUAGUUGGCUUGCUUGUUGCAACCUGGUUCGGGUUUGGGCUUCCGGGCAGAUAUCCAACCGGAGACAUGCGCAUGUACGGCUACCCGGACCGUCUUGCUGCAUACGACGAGAUGUGGAGACGCGAAGAGAGUGAGCUCUGGGAGUGGCUGGAAGAACGAGUCGGGUUGGAGAGACUACACGAGGGCAGCUUGCCUACUCGCAAGAGGGCAAUUGAGCCAAGCACGGUGGAAGAGAGGGUCAGAGAAGACCGUAUGGAUGAGCGGGAGAUUGAGGAGGCGAUCAAGGUGACGGAGGAGAAGCUGAAGGUACUGAAGGGCGUCAUGGAUAAAAAGAAGCCCUUGGCCGGUUGA